GAUGAGCGCAGACAAAGCUGGGUGGGGACUCGCCGCUCGGGGCUGCUGCUGACCACCCUCCUCCUCCUCCUCCUCCUCCGGCCGCAUCCCUCCGAUCCUCCCUCCUCCAUCCAUCCCUCCCUCCAUCCAUCCAUCACAAACGUCUGUCCAUCCAUCCCUCCAUCCCUCCGUCCGUCCGCCCCGCCGCCGCCGCCCGCCCCGCGGGGCACCGCCGCCCGUCUCCAGGUGGUGAGCGGCCGAGAGGAGCAGAUCUUCCCCUAGAGGCAGAGAUCAGCGGAGAGACCGGUUUCUGCCCGCCCGGGGAGCUUGCCUGGCCUGCCCAUGGCUAGCAACAACACUGCCAGCAUAGCGCAGGCACGGAAGCUGGUGGAGCAGCUGAAGAUGGAAGCCAACAUCGACAGGAUAAAGGUGUCCAAAGCAGCAGCAGACCUGAUGGCGUACUGCGAAGCCCACGCCAAGGAGGACCCUCUAUUGACCCCUGUCCCGGCCUCAGAAAACCCCUUUAGAGAGAAGAAGUUCUUCUGUGUGAUCCUGUAAACCGUGGAGGAGCCUGACGGGCACUCAGGCCACCCUGAACACUGAUGUAGAGUUUUUAGGAACGGGGACGACCUGCUAGUCCGCAGAAUUUAAACAAAAAAAUAAGUAAAAUACACGGCCUGGAAGCUACAGGGAUGUGCAUGUUUAAAGAACAUUUUGGGGGAAUAAGAUGAUCUGCAUUGCGAGGCAAAAGAUCUGAAGUCUGUAGAGUUGCCUAGAAAGAGAGAAAAAAAUAAUGUAAAGAAUAAAUCUGUGUCACUUUUCUGCUCACAAAAAUCGUUUGAUUGUUCCAUAUUCAAAGCACCAGAGCCGUGCUGAGCAAAGUAACUGCUAAGGAUGUGUAUAACCUUCUUGGAAUGAUAUUGUUGGUUUCUUUCCAAACUAAUAUUUUUUAUUUAAGUUGUCAGGUAUAUAGCAACAGGUUAGGUGACUUAUGAUGUUACUCAAUGUUUGGUCUUGUGCUUUUUUCAUUUCUGGUGGUGGCAGAGGAGGGGGGUUGAGUGACCCCACGGUGGGUUUGCUGGGGGGACACAGGCAGCUCCUGCCUGUCCCCCACGUGCUGGCAGCUCCGUGUUCCUGGCAAACCCCACUUUUUUUUACCAUUUUGUAUAUGGUUCUGCAAGUAAAAGUGAUUCAUGUGUCGUGGUUGGUGCUUCAUACUCCUGUGACGACGUUCGGUGGUAGUGCAUGAGAGUUUGUGUCCGUUCAUCCGCUCCAGACUUUUCUUUUCUAUCGUUUGGCUGGUGGAAGGAGCUGUAGGGAGGAGACUGAGGCGAUUCUGAAAGCAGAGAGAACUCCUGUGAUGCCUUAGACGUGCCUGAAAUACCUCCUGCGGUAGGGGCAGGUGCCACAACCCAGGCGAAGGGGCUCGGGGUGGCCCCUGCCCCCGGCCGCUGUGGGGUAGCUAAAAAUCUGAAAAUCAAAGUCAACCACUCCUUUCCGGGUCUUUCCUUUCUCCUACACCUCUGUGCCUCUGCCCUCCUCGCUUGGCCCUGCUGUUUGGCUUCCUGGUAGCACCUCCUUCCCUUGGGGCUGGUCUGGAAUGCUGCUUUGUGGGGGGAUGUUGGGCGGGAUGCCGCUCCACCAUGGGAUGCUGCUGCGUGGUGGGAUGCUGAUCCACCCUGGGGUGUUGCUUCAUGGUGGAAUGAUGCUUCAUGGUGGGAUGGCAUCCCCCAAGGGAUGCUGCCCCACCAGGGGAUGUUGCCCCAUUGUGGGAUGCUGCUUUUUAGUGGGAUGCUUCCGCCCCUUCCCACACCCACUGAAUCCCAUUCCCGCCUCACCACCUUGGGAAGGGGCAGGGGAGCAGCUUGGGGAGGUGCCUGAUCCCCUGUUUACACACAGCCUGAGCUCCCUGUCAGGCUGGGGAAUUAUUCCCAGCUCCGGUUCAUCCCCUCCCGGGGGACACACCCCACCUUUUUGGGCUCUGCCUCGGGUUCACACUUUUGAGGACGUGGCUUGUCUCUCCUUUCCACUGCUAAACACCCCCUGGCUUCCCCUGCUCUUCUGCACUCCUGGCAAACUUUGGGAAUCGUAACUUUAGGAACCAUAUUGUGGGGAUCUGAGUACAAAACGAGGUGGGUGUCUCACAAGGACUUGGUGGGGGGUCUGUGGUGACCUUACUAAACUAGUUGUGAACCAGGUAUCAGCUUAAUCCCUGUGGAUUCCAGAGGGCAAUAGUCUUUAGGUACCUUUGGGUGACUCUUUCUAGCCCGUAACAAGUGCUUUUUUGGUUUUUCUACCUUUUCAUACUCUUUUUCUAGUCUUCUACGGAGAAGGCCCGUUGUUCUUACACCGGACUCAAACCCUUUGGCACCUGGGAAUGUUUAUACUCCACGAGUAGCGUGGAUGGUCCCAGCCCCCCCCCACUCCCCACCGCGGCUUUUGGCCCUUCCUAACCCUCCCAACCCUCCAAUUUUUGAUCUUUUUACUACAGCUUGUUUAGCUUUAGGGUGAAGGAUGGAUGAAGCCGUUUGCUUCGCAGCUGGUUUCGCUCUUGGUGUUACCAAGAUGUGUAAAUACCCCAUCCUGGGUUUUCUGUCUGUUCUUUUUUUAACUCUGAUUUACCGUCACAGAGAGUGAAGCGCAGCCGGCCUGACCCGGGGCCUCCUACCCCCCAAACCCUUCCCAGAAAACACUGUCAUAAAGUGGUUUGUAAUAAUUUUUUUAAUGACUUGCCUAUUUUACGACUCGAAUUCUUAAUAACUAAGCGAUGAAAUAAACCUGCAUGAAGAAUAUGGGGGAAAGGGGGGAGGGAAUUUUGAAUUAACCCAAACUACUCAUUGAAGGUGUUUUAUGUUGCUGGGCUCUGUUUUAUGUUGGUAGUGGUGUUGACAUUGGUGUUCUGCCAGGUAUUGCACCCCAGUAUUUGUAUUUACACAGAUAUGCCUUUGUUAGCCAAGUAGAGAUCGCCUGCCAAGAUCAUUUUCCCCCUCCUCAACCAAAACACCAGCCAUCCUUCCAUCCCCAUGCUGUAUUUCCAGCGUGCUAUCAAAUGACAUUCAACCCCCAGGCUUUUAAAGAAAAAAAAUAUCUGGAGUACUGGAAAAGGACUCUUUUUUUUUUUUUUUUUUUUUUUUUUUUUGGCCUGCCAAGGUUGCCAGUGGUGGUGGUGGUGGGGAAAUCCAUUCCUUGGGUGCCAAAAAAAAAACCUGCCACUGCCAGGUUUUUGGGGGAAGGGGUGGCUGUGAGAGGAAGCCAGGGCGGGGAGGUCGGCAUCGUGAUGUAGCGCAUCCCCCAUCCCACGUGGUCUGUGUACUCGUUGGAAAUAAACUUUUGGAUUUGUUUCAA